UUACGAGAUUGCACGUACGUCGUAGGUUAUAAAUAAUAAUUAAACAAAAUAAAAAAAAAUUGUGUUGAAAAUCAAAAAAAAUUUUGUGUGAGGCGGAUUUGCAGUUAGCCGAACGUUAUGACUAGUCCGGUGCGCGGCCGAAGGAUCGACCACAUAGUGCACCACAGUGGAGCAGUUAUCAAUGAAAGAGGUUCAAGAGUAUACCACCCGUGUUAAAGGGUAGGCGAACACGACGCAGUGAUGACGACUGUUGCACCAGAAGUCGAGAUCGAGACGCCGUCCGAGGACUCUUCGAUACCACGGGUUUCGACAGAGCAUGGGAAAGGCCCAGCUGAAACAGACGUGCAGGCAAAUCGCGAAGGUCCCCCAAGGAGACGGUCCAGUUCAAUGCCAGGCAUAGCAUUUCAGUUUAGUGCGGCCGAGGUCGAGUCCGCUCCGUUUUUCGUUUCGAUCGAAUCUGAAAUUCCGACAAAAUUAAAUAUUUAAAUUUUAAACGUAAAAUAACGAUUUUUGUAAUUCAUAAGUUAUGUUUAUACGGACUUUAAAAUGUUCAUUUCAAACUGUUAACCUGUGUAAAUACUAUAUUUUAUUUACUAUAUAGACAAUGACAUUUUGCAAAAUAGUUUGAUUAAUUUUACGCUAUUGCCAAUUUAUACCACGAACCUAUUCACACCGAUGUACGCGAGUAUAACAGGAUGGCCAAUGAAAUCAAAAUUGAUUGCGAAAUUACAUCAAUAAAAUAUGGUCUAAUGGCGACGCUGGCACAAUCGUUGGCAACUAUAGCACAGAGUUCUCUGUCAAUCGGAUUGGGUAUGCAAUUAGCAAUACCGGCAAUCGUUAUUCGUCACUUGUAUGGAAAUGAUAAAAGUGAUUUCUCAAUAUCACUAACCGAGGCGUCUUGGUACGGGAGUAUAUUAUUUAUAAUCCACCCAUUUGGAUGUUUUCUGUCGGGAGUGCUACAGGAGAGAUUUGGAAAAAAACGUUGCAUGAUUUUUGCAAACGUUCCCAGCAUUGUCGGAUGGACUUUGCUGUACUUUGCCCACUCGUCGCUUUUUCUCUACGCAUCUACGCUUCUAAUGGGAUUCAGCAUAGGCGUAGGAGCUGGUGCAGUACACGCCUACAUCGGAGAAAUAACAGAACCAAGACUCAGAGGAUCUAUGGCAUCGAUAACAAAUACAGCAGCUUUGUUUGGAUCGCUGUUGGGAUUCAUUUUGGGUUCAUUGUUUGACUGGCGCACUGUUGCACUGUUGAGCACACUUUGUCCUAUAAUUUGUGUAUCAUUAAUCAUUUUUAUCCCGGAGUCUCCUAUUUGGUUAAUCGCCAAAGGCAAAAACGAUAAAGCUGAAAAGGCCAUGUGUUGGCUAAGAGGAUGGGUGGAUCCUGAAACCAUUAAACCUGAAUUAAUUACACUGUUCCAUUAUAAUGAAGUAUCUGGAACUAUCGGAACUGAAGGUAGCAAUUUUCGCGCGAACGACGAUAAUAGUUUGCUGUCCAAAUUAGCCCUAUUCAAGGAACCAUCGGUUUAUGAACCGUUGAAAUUAAUAAUGAUUUAUUUUUUCACAUCUUAUGCAAUUAACCUUACUCCAGGCAAACCGUUCAUUGGUAAAAUAAUGACAGAAGUCGGUUUGCGGAAUUACCAAAGUAUAUAUUUGAUUAUUUUUUCCGUUGUGCAAACGAUUGGGAGUGUGAUAUUGGGCUUAACUAUACGUCUUUUCCGGAAAAGAUUUUUGACAUUAGUAACGGUAUCGAUCAACUCUGCAUUGUUGCUAUUAUUUAGCGUAUACAUCAUUGCCAUGAAAAAAAAUUAUAUCGAAUCGACGGAAUGGAUUCCUUUGACAAUAAUCGGUGGUAUUUACUUUUCUGGGGGUUGUGGUGCAGCAUGCAUACCCUGGAUGUUAAUUGGUGAAGUGUUCCCGAACAAAAGUAGAGGAAUUGCUACUGGCGUUUGUGCAGGAAUGUCAUAUUUACUUUUGUUCGUAUUAACAAAAUCGUACCUAACAGUUGAAAUGAUUUUAAGUAUUGAGUACACUAUGCUUCUGUUUGGUUGUUUUGGUAUUUUUGGAUUAAUUUAUUUUUACAAUUAUUUGCCAGAAACAGAAAAUAAAACGUUAUUAGAAAUUGAAGAAUUUUUCGCAUCUAAUUCAAAGGCUCGAAGAUAGAUUAAAAAAAAUUAGUAUUUCAUUAUAUUAAUGAAUUUUAAAUUUAGUAUUAUUAUUUUUAUUUAUUAAAAAGAAAUUGUAUUAAAAUUUGUUUUAAUAGUCUUUAAGGUUGAAAUAAUCUAUUGUUUGAUAUUUAAUAGUAUUAUAAGUAUUAUUUUAAGUAUUAUCAUGAAUGUUUAAAAAUAAUAACGUAACAUUACUUAUAUUUUAAUUUAAUAUGAUGAACCUCAAAGAAAAAUAAUUUAAGGAGAGUUUGAAAUCAUUUUUUGAAUAAUUUCACUAACAUUUUGUUAUUUUUUGA